AAGAUCAACUUUCAAAAUAUAGAAAUCGUAGUUCGAAAACUGCAUCAAAACACCAUCAACCUCUCUGUGAAGAAGAAUCUGAAGAAAAAACAAACCAAGAAUACUCAACUUUCAGAAAAAAUGGCAGCAAGAAACCAAACCAAAGACCUCAAAUGUGCCACACAUCUCCUGAAUGAUAAGUUCAGAAACAUGACUGAGGAGAAGAAGGCCAUUGUCAGGGAUCUUGGAUUCGGUGGGUUGAUGCACAUCCCACCACUGAGGGUGGAUCACCAACUCUUGAGAGAGUUGGCAAAAAACUUCAAACUUGGGGAGAACAAACUGAGGACAGGAUAUGGUUCUUUCCAUAUAACCCCGAAAAAAAUAGGUGAUGCGCUUGGCAUCAAUGCAACAGGAGAUCUAUUUCCUGAGAAAGUUGACUACAAGAAACUUUCUGAAUCUGACAAAAUAAUUUAUAAAAGAUUCCAGGGUAAGACCCUCAAAAGUCUUACCGAUGAAAUGAUGGAAAUCGGCGUUGGCAACGAAGAGGAACGCCUGAUGUUCAAGAGGAUAUUCAUCCUCUACAUACAGAUGGCGUUCCUUUUGCCAACGACGAUAAACAAAAUAUCGCCGGUGCACCUGGUCCCGAUUUUUGAGAUGGAGGGCAUAGAGGAGAGAAACUGGGGGGGCAUGUCUUGACCUUCAUGAUCAGGGGCAUAACAGACUACCAGGAGAAGAAGAAGAAGGCAAUCAAUGGCUGCCUCUUCGCCCUGAUGAUAAUCUACUUUCACCUUUCAAAAAACAAACGCAACAACAGGGGUGAAAGACCACCAAAGCCAUGGAUUGCCAACUGGACUAAGGAGCAGUUGGUGAAAAGAAUGAAUGAAGAGAGAGAGGAAACUUUGGGGAUUCUGAAUUUGGCAGAGACAAAAGAAAAAAUGAGAAAAAAAGAAAAAAAACAAAAAG